AUGUUACCGCAGGCAGCUCGCUUGGUCGGCCUGCAGCUUUCCCUCUCCUGCUGCUGGGCCUUCAGCUGCCACGGCACGGAGUCAUCUCCCGACUUUAGCCUCCCUGGGGAUUACCUCAUCGCAGGCCUGUUCCCUCUCCACUCUGACUGUCUUGGGGUAAGACGUAGACCCACCGUGACCCUCUGUGACAGCCUCGACAGAUUCAAUGGCCAUGGCUACCACCUCUUCCAGGCCAUGCGGUUUGGCAUUGAGGAAAUAAACAACUCUACAGCCCUGCUGCCCAAUGUCACCCUGGGGUAUGAGCUGUAUGACGUGUGCUCAGAGUCAGCCAACGUGUACGCCACACUGCGUGUGCUCUCCCUGCUGGGGACACAUCACAUAGAGAUGCAAGGAAACUCUUCCCACUAUUCCCCCACGGCCGUGGCGGUGAUUGGGCCCGACAGCACGAACCACGCUGCCACCAGCGCUGCCCUGCUGAGCCCCUUCCUGGUGCCCCUGAUCAGCUAUGAGGCCAGCAGUGUGCUGCUCGGGGAGAAGCGGCAUUACCCCUCUUUCCUGCGCACCAUUCCCAGUGAUGAGCACCAGGUGGACACCAUGGUGCGGCUGCUGCAGAGGUUUGGGUGGGUCUGGAUCUCGCUGGUUGGCAGCGAUGGCGACUACGGGCAGCUGGGGCUGCAGGCACUUGAGGACCGGGCCACUCAGCAGGGCAUCUGCAUCGCCUCAAAGGACAUCAUGCCCUUCUCUGCUCGGCCGGGUGACGAGAGCAUGCAGAGCAUGACACAGCACCUGGCCCAAGCAAGGACCACUGUCGUGGUCGUUUUCUCCAGCAGGCAGCUGGCCAGGGUGUUCUUUGAAUCCGUGGUGCUGGCCAAUCUGACUGCCAAGGUGUGGGUUGCCUCAGAAGACUGGGCCAUCUCCAGAUACAUCAGCAGUGUGCCAGGCAUCUGGAGCAUCGGCACGGUGCUGGGUGUGGCCAUCCGGCAAAGGCUUGUCCCUGGCCUGAAGGAGUUUGAAGAGGCCUAUGUCUUGGCAGACAAAGGGGCCCAAAAGCCAUGCUCCAGGGGCUCCCGGUGCAGCGGCAACCAGCUGUGCAGAGAGUGCCGUGCUUUCACGGUACAGAAGAUGCCCACACUUGAAGCCUUUUCCAUGAGCUCUGCCUACAAUGUGUACCAGGCUGUCUAUGCUGUGGCGCAUGGCCUCCACCAACUCCUGGGCUGUGCCUCUGGAGCCUGUUCCAGGGGCCGAGUCUCUCCCUGGCAGCUGCUGGGGCAGAUCCACAAGGUGAAUUUCCUUCUACACGAGGACAUUGUGAUAUUUAAUGACAGUGGGGACCCCCUCAAUGGCUAUGACAUAAUUGUCUGGGACUGGAAUGGCCCCGAGUGGACCUUCAGGGUCAUUGGCUCCUCCACACAGUCUCCAGUUCGGCUGGACAUAAAUAAGACCAAAAUCCAGUGGCAUGGAAAGGACAACCAGGUGCCUAAGUCUGUGUGCUCCAGUGACUGUCCUGAAGGGCACCAGAGAGUGAUUGUGGGUUUCUACCACUGUUGCUUUGAGUGUGUGCCCUGUGAGGCUGGGACCUUCCUCAACAGGAGUGACCUCCACAGCUGCCAGCCAUGUGGGCGAGAAGAGUGGGCACCUGAGGGAAGCCAGAACUGCUUCCCACGCACAGUGGUUUUUUUGACUUGGCAUGAGCCCAUCUCUUGCAUGCUGCUGGCAGCUAAUACACUGCUCCUGCUGGUGGUGGCUGGGACUGCUGGCCUGUUUGCCUGGCACCUGGACACCCCUGUGGUGAGGUCAGCUGGGGGCAGGCUGUGCUUCCUCAUGCUGGGCUCCCUGGCUGGGGGCAGUUGUGGUCUCUAUGGCUUCUUUGGGGAGCCCACAGUGCCAAUGUGCUUGCUACGCCAAGCCCUCUUUGUCCUCGGUUUUGCCAUCUUCCUGUCCUGCCUGACAAUCCGCUCCUUCCAACUGGUCUUCAUUUUCAAGUUUUCUGCCAAGGUACCCACCUUCUACAAUGCGUGGGUCCGAAAUCAUGGUGCUGGCCUGUUUGUGGUGAUCAGCUCUACAGCCCAACUGCUUAUCUGUCUAACUUGGCUUGUGGUGUGGACCCCACUGCCCAUCAGGGAAUACCAGCGCUUCCCUCAGCUGGUGGUGCUUGACUGCACAGAGGCUAACUCUUUGGGCUUCAUGCUGGCUUUCGCCUACAAUGGCUUCCUCUCGGUCAGCGCCUUUGCCUGCAGCUACCUGGGCAAGGACCUGCCGGAGAACUACAACGAGGCCAAAUGCGUCACCUUCAGCCUGCUCCUCAACUUCGUGUCCUGGAUAGCCUUCUUCACCACGGCCAGUGUCUACCAGGGCAAGUACUUGCCCGCGGUCAACCUGCUGGCGGUGCUGAGCAGCCUAAGCAGUGGCUUCAGCGGUUAUUUCCUCCCCAAGUGCUAUGUGAUCUUGUGCCGCCCAGAUCUCAACAGCACGGAGCACUUCCAGGCCUCCAUCCUGAACUACACCAGGCGCUGCGGCUCCACGGCUCCACCUGACCACUGACUGGGUCGCGCAGGGCCACACCAGGCCGGGCCGACUGGAAGCCUCCCCUGCCCUGAGGGCUGAAGGUCGAGCGGGGCGCGCAGGGCCUGGGCUGUCUGGGAGGCCUUUGGGUUCCUUGGUCUUGGCUCGGGAAGCGUAAGCCCACGGGAAAGCACAGUCCGGGUUCCCGGCUGACAAUAAAGAGGUGAAAUGUGCGUCUAGGCUGAGCGUAUUGUCUGGAGCGAGGGUGGGGCGCGACCUCUUCAAGCCUGAGGGCGCCGCGCGGGGUAAUCGCAGCCGGAAUCUCGG